AUGGCCCUUUUUGCCGGGCUGCGUUUCCUCAAGAAGAUCACCUACCUAGGGCCGGAAUUCGAGGUCAACUUCGACCCCGAUCAGUUCAAGCCUCAACUGUCCCUUCGAUUCCGCUCCAGCCUCUUCCACGAGGCCCCGGGCCUGAUGGUGCUCGUGUCACGCACCCCCUCCAGCCCGGUCAAUCGCCACGGCAUCUCCUCCGAUGCGACGCACCUGGCCCAUUGCCCUGCCCUGGGCAUUGUCGCCGUCGGGGCCCGCAGUGGUGUUGUUAACUUCUACGGGGCGGAGGGCCUACAAAUCACGGCCGCCCACCUCCACCAGACGCCUGUGCGCUUCAUGGCAUUCCUGCGCACCAACCAGGGACACACGCUGCUGUCCAUCGACCGGACCAACGUCCUGUGCCUCUGGUCGCUGGAGGAAAAUGCCCUGAUUCACCAGUCCGUGUGGGACGAGUCCUGGACUUGCGCCACGGUGUCCGCCUGCUCCAAGCGCCUGUUUGUUGCCCUGACCCGGGGCCAGGUUGUGUGCUACGACUUCAAGUCCGGCAUGCCCACACUCCUCCCGGUGGUGGCCGACCCGCCCCAAGUCAAGUUCUUUCCCGUCGGGGUGAUGGCCGCCGACCCGCGCGACAAGAAGCAGGUCCUGGUGUCCUUCGCCGGCGGUCGCAUCUACACCUAUGUCCUGGGCCGCGCGGCGCUGGAACACUCCUUCAACGCGGAGCUCAUCGAAAGUGUACCUCACGCUUGA